AUGGGUUUAUUUAGGAAACUUGCGGUCAAACUUAUGGACGAUGAUAGAAGAUUAAGAGUAGAAAAGAAAAACGAUAAGCAUAUACCGGAGUUUCUACAUUUUAAUAUUGAAAGACAUAUGCCAAUUGUGGAUGUUCCGACACGUCGAGGUUAUCUGAUAUUCCCAUCUAUACAAUCAUUUGAUAGAUUUAAGACAAAUAGAGGUAGUGAUAUCAAUAAUAUCGAUGAAAAUGGUAUGGGGAUUCCGUUGUUCCUAAUUGAACGUCAAUUACUUACGCAUGGUAUGACUAUGUUAGACACAGAAUUAACUUAUAAGAUAUAUAAAUAUGAGAUCAAGAAAUUAGAUGAAGUACCGCCUUACGGUGAUUUUGAAAUUAUCGCUCAAAAUGCUAAUUUUAAAGUCUACAAAUAUGUCUAUUCUAAAAUAUACAAAUCUUCCAAAUUAAGUCAAACAGCUCUACAGUUUGUGGUCAAUGAAGAUAAAGAAAAUGCCUCAUAUAUGCUACACAAAAGAGAAUUCAGAGACAUGGAUACAUGCGUGAUGAAUCAAAACUUUAGAUGGCAUGUACGUUACAGUCCUUUAGAAAACGAUCAUUACAAACUGGCACUUUUGAAUCCUAGAGAGAUUUCUUUGACGGAUUCACCUUCUGUUAAACUGCAAAAGAAGAAAGAAAAUUUAACAAAGAUAGACCCAUAUGAUGCCGUUAUAGGUCAUUAUACAUCGGAAGAUAAAGACAUUCUCCCAGGUGUUAUCGAAAAGGAUGCUGAUUUUGUUGUAGGUGAACAAGGUUCUGAAGCAAAUUUGGGUUUAUCUAAUGUACCGGAAUUGACCCAAACGUUUGCUUGCCAAGCUUUAGUGCUGCACGUAAUAGAGAGACAAAAAGAAAGGAAAAAUAGAAGAAAUAGACAUAGGAAUAGAUUAAUGUUCGACACACAGAUGUAUGGUACGGCUGGAGGCACCUUUUAA